UUUUCAUUGUUGGAGUUACAAUCAUGGUCCUAUGUACGUACACAACACUGAACUCCCAGGACCAUGUCAAACCAAAGCCAGUCAUCACAGACAAAGCAACAGUGGCAGCUAAACAGAGCAUCAAGUCAGAGGAGAAAAUCAAGAAAGAUAACCCUGUUAUUGACGUAAUCAAGAAGACUGCUGGGCAGGCCAAAGAUAAAGAUAGAAGAGUGGACCCACCAGACAAAGACAGUAAAGUAAAGUCACCACCUGAGGAUGACAUAAGACAGGAACCACCAAAUCCCCACCCACCUGACAAGGGACCAGUAGAGGUGAAUAAUAGUCAUAAAGAAAGUGUGAAAGAGACAAAACCGGUGAAACAGACAAGCACAAAACUGGUAAAAGAGAGUAGCAAGGGUAGUAAAAGACAAAAACAAAGAAGUAAAACCAAAGGAGAGGGACCAGAAACUGCCCUCAGGGAGGAAAGAAAGAAGAAGAGCACAAAGGAGGAAGAGGAACCUGUCAAGGUAAUGGAUGAGGCAGAGGCUGUGGAGGGGGGAGAUAAUGAGGAGAAGGUCAAAGAGACGGAACAGAAACAACAGGAUCUAUUGGACGAAUUAAAGAAGCAGCAGAUAGAGCACAAAAAACUGAUCCAGGAGCAGCGGGAGAUCCUCAAGGAGCUGAAGGAACACAAAAAGGACGCCCAUAAAAAGGAGGAGGGGGCAAAGCAAACACAGGCACCUUUAAAUAAUGAAGGGCAGGUUGAGAAGCAGGAUGCAGGACCAAUUCAAAAGAGAAAUGUACCAAAUGUAGAUCCUCAGCAACAUCAGAACAUUCCAGCACAGGCACCGGGAGUAGGCCAGCAACAGAUCCUACAAAAUGUGCAACAGCUGCAGGGUCAACAACAGGGUGCACAAGGUCAAAAUCAACUGAACCAGCAGGCUCAACAGGUGAAUGUACCGGGCCAAAGUCAGUUCACUCAACAGCCACAAGUCAACUUACAAGGUCAGGGUCAGUUAAAUCAACAGCCUCAGCAAGCCAACCUACAAGGUCAAGGUCAAUUCAACCAACAGCCUCAGCAAGUCAAUCUACAAGGUCAAUUCAAUCAACAGCCUCAGCAAGCAAACUUACAAGGUCAAGGUCAAUUUGUUCAUCAAGGGAAUCAAGGCAAGAUUAUUCCAGCACAGCAGUUAGAUCAAACGUUUAAACCACAACAGCAACCGAUAAACAAUGACAAUUUCAACAUUCCUAAUCAACAAUUUCAGAUAAAACAAGCACCUGUUAGGAAUGAUGGAGAAGUGAAAACUCUGGACAGAGACAAGCCAAUCGUUGCUCAGGAAUCUAGACUUUCUGACAAUAUGCAGAAUAAAAUAGGUGGUCCAAAGACAGUGGAGAAAAGUAAGAAAACAGCAGAAAAGAAGGAAGGAAAAGUCAAAACUCCUCACUCUGAUAUCUAGAAGAAAUUUAACUUAUAGGUUAAUUUUUGUUCAACUACAAAUACUUUAACUGUUUCCUGUUCAUGAUGUUAUUUAUGAGAUAUAUGUAUCAGUGUUAUAUACAUGUACAUGUUUUGGGGGAAUGUAUUGAUGAAUGUCCUAAAUGUACAGAUAUAUUUUUUAUUAAAAAAAUAAGAAGUAAGUGUAUAAUAAUCUGAGUAUUUUAUACACAAUGUAAAUAAUUAUUUAUUUUAUAUGCAAUAAUGAAAUAUUUAUUCUUGAAAAUAAGUGUCAUUAAACAUUUCUGCCUGGGAAUAUUAUUGUUUUACCAUGUAGUGUAUAGUAUGACUUAAAUUUACUUUAAUACAUGUAAUGGUAAAACCCCCAAAAUAGUAACUGUGCGAGUGUUUGGUUAUAAUGGAAAGGUUUCAAGUAAUAGAAGAAUGCAAAGAACUUUCAUUGUUUAUCUCUGAGGACAAUGUAUGUACAUGUUAUUGAAUAGUUUGAUGUACAUGUAUGCUUUACUUAAAACACUUAAAAUAUCAAAAAUAUUCUCUGCAAAUAAGUACACAUAUCUUUUUUAAAGGCUUUUUUAGCUCACCUGAGCUGAAGGCUCAAGUGAGCUUUUCUGAUCACAUUUUGUCUGUAGUCCGUCUGUCCGUCCGUCUGUCUAGCUGACUGUCUGUCUGUAAACUUUUCACAUUUUCGACUUCUUCUCAAGAACCGCUGGGCCAAUUUCAACCAAACUUGCCACAAAGCAUCCUUGGGUAAAGGGGAUUCAAGUUUGUUCAAAUGAAGGGCUACGCCCUCAUUCAAGGGGAGAUAAUUGGGAAUUAAUGAAAAUUUGGUUGCAUGUUUUAAAAAUUUUCUUCUCAAGAACCACUGUGCUAGGAAAGAUGAAACUUAUAUGGAAGCAUCCUCAGGUAGUGUAGAUUCAAGUUUGUUCAAAUCAUCACCCCCGGGGGUAGGGCGGGGCUACAAUGGCCGACCAAAGUUUAACAUAGAAAUAUACAGGAAAAUUCUUUAAAAAUCUCCUUCUCAAGAACCACUGUGCCAGGAAAGAUGAAACUUAUAUAGAAGCAUCCUCAGGUAGUGUAGAUUCAAGUUUGUUCAAAUCAUGACCCCCCGGGGGUAGGGCGGGGCCACAAUGGUCGACCAAAGUUUUACAUUGAAAUAUAUAGGAAAAUUCUUUAAAAAUCUUCUCAAGAACCACUGUGCCAGGAAAGAUGAAACUUAUAUGGAAGCAUCCUCAGGUAGUGUAGAUUCAAGUUUGUUCAAAUCAUGACCCCUGGGGGUAGGGAGGGGCCACAAUGACCGACCAAAGUUUUACAAAGAAAUAUAUAGCACAAAUCUUUUAAAAUCUUCUUCUCAAGAAUAACAAAGCCAUGAUUGAUCAUAUUUGUAUGGAAGCAUCCUCAGGUAGUGUAGAUUCAAAUUUAUUCAAAUCAUGACCCUUGGGGCUAGGGCGGGGCCACAAUGGCCGACCAAAGUUUUACAUAGAAAUAUAUAGGAAAAUUCUUUAAAAAUCUUCUUCUCAAGAAUAACAAAGCCAUAAUUGAUCAUAUUUAUAUGGAAGCAUCCUUGGGUAGUGUCGAUUCAAGUUUGUUCAAAUCAUGACCCCUGGGGGUAGGGAAGGGGCCACAAUGGCCGACCAAAGUUUUAGAAAGAAAUAUGUAGGAAAAUUCUUUAAAAAUCAUCUUCUCAAGAAUAGCAAAACCAUAACUGGUCAAAGGUUUACUUUUGGAUUUAAACUUUUCAAUAAUAAAACCAAUUUCUACUUUUUCCCUAGCCACAGUGCUCAGGUGAGCGAUGUGGCCCAUGGGCCUCUUGUUUGCUUUACAUAUUAAUGGAUGUCUGUGAAUUUGUUUUAUCUUAGAUAUAGUAUCUUUCUGACUUUCUUUCUGGUUUGUUGAAGAAACUGCAUUUUGUUACUAAACAAUAUCUUACUUUAUGAAAAUACCAAUGUAGAAAAAUAUCAGAGAGAUUUCUUAUUUUUAAAUUAUCACUGUAUGCUUAUUGCAGGAUUCUUGUUGUGGGUGCUAGUUUUUGUACUAAAGUUAUUGUCUGGUAAUGCUACACUUUGUUUUAUAAUGACUAUUUAUUAUAUUUCAGAUUAAUUUUUUAAGUGUGAAUUAGAAAGUGAAAUAAUUGUAUUCAUUAAAAUCUUGAUCUGGGUUCAAAGUUUGUCAGAAAAAAUUCUAUCCAGAUCAUAAAAAAGUACAAAGAAUAUGGCAGAGACAUAAAUAUAAAACAUAAAUGUUAUUUAUGUCUCUGAAUAUGGCUAAUUUUUUUUAAAUAUAGUCUUAAAAUUCAGAGAAAGAAUUCAUCUGUCCAUAUUUUCAAAUGAGAAAAAAAUCAUUUUGUUUUAAAAAAAAAAAACUUUUGAUGAGUUUAAUAAUUCUUUUAAAAAUAAUUAUUUUUUUCUGUAUAAAUCUGGCCUUGUGUACAAAUGUAGUUAUUAGAAAAUGUAAACCAAAGAAACUUUUUAUUGCUGGCAGAAAGAUAAUUAAUUCUCCUCAAAUUAAGUACUGUAAAUCACUAUUUAUUCGCGAGAACUUUAUUUUCGCGUAAUUACGCGAGACAGUGUGCUCGCUAAAAUUUAAUUCUCGCGAAUAAUAGCAUUCCUUAUGAUUAUAUAGAGCAAUAACCACAAUUCGUGAAAAUUUUGUCUCGCUAAUCAAGAGUCAAUGACUAUUUCGCGUAAAUAAGGUGUCGCGAAAUUUUAGUGAUACACAGUAAUCUAUUUGAAUGUUUAUUUAUGAGAUUAAUUGAGUUACUGCUUUGUGAUGUAUAGCUGUUGUUCCUUAUCUUUGUGAGUCUCUUCGCAGAUGGAGUGUAUGUAUGAUUGUUAAAAUUUAUCUAUUAUAAUUCAUUUGUUUUAUUUUCUAUUGAAAAUAAAUGGUACUAAACUUUU